CGCUGGGUAGCGUCUGCAGGCGCCGCCGUCCUGGUUGGCUGUGCCGGGUGUUAGGGCUGUAUUGACGGAUUUACAGACAUGUCGGGGUUCAGUCCGGAGCUCAUCGAUUACCUGGAAGGGAAAAUCUCCUUUGAGGAGUUCGAGAGGCGGAGAGAGGAGAGAAAGACCCGCGAGAAGAAAAGUCUUCAGGAAAAAGGAAAGUUACCAGCUGAAGAAAAUCCAAAUGAUUCUGAAGUCCCAUCUUCAUCUGGAAUUGACUCUACCAAAUUCCAGGACAAUGAAGGGGAAACAUCAGAUGGAGUGAGUAAGUCAGUUCACAAGGUCUUUGCUUCCAUGCUUGGAGAAAAUGAAGAUGAUGAGGAGGAAGAGGAGGAGGAGGAGGAAGAAGAAGAGGAAGAGGAAACACCUGAGCAACCCACUGCAGGCGAUGUCUUUGUAUUGGAGAUGGUUCUCAAUCGUGAAACCAAGAAAAUGAUGAAAGAAAAAAGGCCUCGGAGUAAACUUCCCAGAGCUUUGAGAGGUCUCAUGGGUGAAGCCAAUAUUCGUUUUGCUAGGGGAGAACGUGAGGAGGCAGUAUUGAUGUGUAUGGAAAUCAUAAGACAAGCUCCUCUGGCUUAUGAGCCAUUCUCUACUCUUGCCAUGAUAUAUGAAGACCAAGGAGACAUGGAAAAAUCACUGCAGUUUGAGUUGAUUGCUGCACACUUAAAUCCCAGUGACACAGAAGAAUGGGUUAGAUUGGCAGAAAUGUCUCUGGAACAAGACAAUAUUAAGCAGGCUAGCUUUUGCUAUACAAAAGCUCUUAAAUAUGAACCUACUAAUGUCCGUUACCUGUGGGAACGAUCAAGCCUUUAUGAACAGAUGGGUGAUCAUAAAAUGGCCAUGGAUGGUUAUAGGCGUAUUUUAAAUCUUUUGUCUCCAUCAGAUGGAGAACGUUUUAUGCAAUUGGCUAGAGAUAUGGCUAAGAGUUACUAUGAAGCCAAUGAUGUUAUUUCAGCUAUUAAUGUAAUUGAAGAAGCUUUCUCAAAACACCAAGGCCUAGUCUCUAUGGAAGAUGUUAACAUAGCAGCUGAACUUUAUAUUUCUAAUAAGCAGUAUGACAAAGCUUUAGAGGUAAUUACAGAUUUUUCUGGAAUUAUGCUGGAAAAGAAAAUUGCAGAAGAUGGCACCUUGGAAGAGAAUAAAGCUGGUGAGAAUAUUAUCUACACUAUCCCUGAUGGCGUGCCAAUAGAUAUCACAGUGAAGUUGAUGGUCUGCCUUGUACAUCUCAAUAUCCUUGAACCACUUAAUCCUCUCUUGACAACACUGGUGGAACAGAAUCCUGAGGAUAUGGGAGACCUCUAUUUAGACGUUGCUGAAGCCUUUCUGGAUGUUGGGGAAUACAGUUCUGCGCUUCCCCUCCUCAGUGCACUAGUUUGCUCCGAAAGAUACAACCUUGCAGUAGUUUGGCUUCGGCAUGCAGAAUGCUUAAAGGCCCUAGGCUACAUGGAACGUGCUGCUGAGAGCUAUGGCAAGGUGGUUGAUUUGGCCCCCCUCCACUUGGAUGCAAGAAUCUCACUUUCUACUCUUCAGCAACAGCUAGGCCGUCCAGAGAAAGCUCUUGAAGCUUUGGAACCAAUGUAUGAUCCAGAUACUUUAGCACAGGAUGCAAAUGCUGCACAGCAGGAACUGAAAUUAUUGCUUCAUCGUUCUACUCUAUUGUUUUCACAAGGCAAAAUAUAUGGCUAUGUGGAUACCUUACUUACCAUGUUAGCCAUGCUUUUAAAGGUAGCAAUGAAUAGAGCCCAAGUCUGUUUGAUAUCCAGUUCCAAAUCUGGAGAGCGACAUCUCUACCUUAUUAAAGUAUCAAGAGACAAAAUAUCAGACAACAAUGACCAAGAGACAGCCAACUGUGAUGCAAAAGCAAUAUUUGCUGUACUCACAAGUGUCUUAACAAAAGAUGACUGGUGGAACCUUCUGUUAAAGGCCAUAUACUCCUUAUGUGACCUGUCCCGAUUUCAAGAGGCUGAGUUACUUGUAGAUUCUUCAUUGGAAUAUUACUCAUUUUAUGAUGAUAGGCAAAAACGCAAAGAACUAGAAUACUUUGGUCUAUCUGCUGCAAUUCUGGACAAAAAUUUCAGAAAGGCAUACAACUAUAUCAGAAUAAUGGUAAUGGAAAAUGUUAAUAAACCUCAGCUCUGGAACAUAUUCAAUCAAGUUACCAUGCACUCCCAAGAUGUACGACACCAUCGCUUUUGCCUCCGUCUAAUGCUUAAAAACCCGGAUAAUCAUGCCCUGUGUGUCUUAAAUGGACACAAUGCAUUUGUGUCUGGUAGCUUCAAGCAUGCACUUGGACAGUACACGCAAGCUUUUCGCACAUGUCCCAAUGAACCUCUUUAUAGCCUUUGUAUAGGCCUAACAUUCAUUCACAUGGCAUCUCAGAAGUGUGUAUUAAGAAGACAUGCUCUGAUUGUGCAGGGCUUUUCCUUUCUUAAUCGUUAUCUCAGUUUACGUGGGCCUUGCCAAGAAUCAUUCUACAAUUUAGGCCGUGGCCUUCAUCAGCUGGGGCUGACACAUCUUGCAAUCCACUAUUAUCAGAAGGCUCUGGAGCUGCCACCACUUGCGGUAGAGGGUAUAGAAGUUGACCAGUUAGACUUACGAAGAGAUAUUGCCUACAACUUGUCUCUCAUUUAUCAGAGCAGCGGGAAUACCGGGAUGGCUCAGAAGCUUUUGUAUACUUAUUGUUCUAUAUAAAGACUCUCAACUGAAAAAGGAGCAUUCGGCAGCUGCUGGGUGUGGACCAGUGUCUUCUGUCUCAGGGCUUAGUAGUCUUGGGUCAACAGUGUGUUUCAUUGUUAAUAUGUGACAGUGAUGUUUGGUAUAUAUGCAAAAUUAUCAUUCCUCCAAGAAUUUUUGUAUAUUAUCACCAUUUUCCUUUAAUAUCCUAUGGUAAAAAUGCCCCGGAGUGGAAAUGGAUAGUAUUAGCCUUUUACCCAGCUUGAAGUUGAAUAUACUGCUUUUUAUGCACACCAUCUACUUAUCUGGGCAUUUAAUACUGUAUGUUUAACACCUUCUAGGUACCAGGCACUGCGAUAGGUGCUGGGAAUAUGGUAGUAAGACAGAUGGGGUCUUGUCCUUAUAGUAUUUAGAGUACAUUGCUGACUUCUGAGAUAAUUACUACUACAGUUUUUUAAAUGCAAACAAAAAUUUGUUACAUUUCUGUGUCAUUGUCAUCCUUUUAUAGAGCCUUAUUUUUAUAUAAACCUCUUUUCAAAAAUGUGGCAAAAGAAGUUGCUUAUUAAAGGAAAGACAAAUUAAGACAAAUUGAGACUCUUUAACAGGUCAAGACAGUUACCUCUAAAAUUAUUUAAAAUGGUUAUAAGGUGCAGGAAAAAUAAUUGGCUUAAUCACUUUUCACUUGCAUUUAUCUUAGCUACAUAGACUGAUAUUUGGGAAGCUGGGCUUAAUUCAGAGUAUCCUGCUCUGAGGCAAAUUAAAAUAUACAGUCUCUAUAUUGUGGCUUUCUGACAAGAAAAUAGAGUAUUAUGUUCAAUAAUAUAACAUGGUUUCUAGUUAAAGGUCAGUAGGCAGGUAGGCAAGAGUGGGAAAACUACAAGUGGGUUAAAGUAUCACUGAAAAGGAAAAAAAAAAAAAAACCUUUAUUCAUUUCACACAUUAAAUGUUCUUGAAUCUCAGCUAAACAAUAAUAGCCUUUUAGGGGAGAAAACACAUCUAAUAAAUGUGCAUAUGGAUUAUAAGACCCGGGCUGGCACUGUGGCAUAGUAGGUUAAGCCUCUGCCCGAAGUGUUGGCAUCCCAUAGGAGCACUGGUUCGAGUCCUAACUGCUCUGCUUCUUAUGGCAGCUCCCUGCUCAUGGCUUGGGAAAGCAGUGGAAGAUGGCCUAAGUCCUCGGGCCCCUGCACCCACAUGGAAUACCGUGUGCACGAGGGUCCUGAUUUCGGGUUGUCCAGCUCUGGUAAUUUGGGGAAUGAACCAGCAGAUGGAAUACCUCUCUGUCUUUCCCUAACUCUGCCUCUCAAAUAAGUCCGUCUUUAAAAAAAAAAAAAAAAAAAAAGACUCAGCCCAACUAGAGGAUGUAAAUAAGUAAAAGACUUUUCUUACCACUGUUCAUACAUAGUUUACUGGUUGAAAAGUGGAAUUUGUAUGUAAUAAGUAAAUGUGUACUCUGUAACUUAAAUAAAUUUUAUUUUUAUAA